GCUACAAAUACUUCUUUACAAGUUUUACUCAGAUCAUUUUACUUAGAUAUUUUACUCACUGGGAUAAUACAAAGGCUGUGUCUGACACUUUUUAGUAUAGCCUACGUGAAUUAUUUUACCUACAUUUCUGUCAAAUUACAAGGGUGUUUUAUGGAAACUUAUUGCAAUGUGUAUAACAUUAUUUUGUUUGUUGCUACAACUCUGGGUGUCAGUUGCUCGAUAGCUGUGGUACGGUUGAGGGCAGCAGUGAACACCCUCAUCCCAGUAGUUUUUUUUGUGUGCACUUGUAUCAUCUGGCAUCAUAUAGUGUCUUUGAUGUAGUACACUACAGUUUAAGUCAACCGUGCUGCCCCACAACAGGUUUCUCUUUCACCAAGACCGAGCUCAGAUAUUCUGUCAUCUCUGCUUCUCUGUAUGACUGUGUCCCGCCCAGUGGCUGUUAGCGUCCGUUGCUUCUAACUACCACUCAAAAGGUAUGACUUCCUCACUGGAGCUACCAGUCCCCUCCAUAAAGGCACAUUCACAUCGGCCUUGUGCUGAAAUACUGAAAGGAGGGCUGCUAUGCUAAUGUAAUGGAGGUAAGAAAGUGACAUACGCUUACUCCACAUAACUAGCUUAAAUGUCGCCAAUGGUGCUAUCGUAUCCGAUCAUUUUCUAUAGAGCAACUGGUUGGUAAGUUGUCAAGGAUGGCGGUCGCGUAUGUUUGCGAUUAGAGCGCCACUGGUUUGAGCCCAGUAAGGGGAUGCAGGGACAGUGGAGGAAGCAAAGCUGUUAGCAGCACACUGGUUUAGGUUUCACUGACAGAGAUGGCUGUUAACACCUUCACUGCUGUCCAAUAUCAACUGGAAAUUGAAAGGACACUAUAGGCAUCUGAGUCACAGACCAGGAGUUAGACCAUUACAAUUCCUCCACUCACCUGUCAACAGAUACAAAUACAGAAUUUUAAAGAUACAUCAUUUUACUUAGAUAUUUUAUUCACAACAAUGAUACAAAGACUCUGACACUUCUUAAUGUAGCCUACAUAUCACCUCCACUUUGAUUAAAUCGUUCACAAUUUUACCUAUGUUUCUGUUUUAUGUAAACUUACUGCAACGUGUACAGUUUUGUUUUAGCUGUUGUUAUACCUCUGUGAACUCCUUAGCUGACAAUGGGUAUCAGUUGCACGACAGCUGUGGUACUGGUGUUAGUAUAAUGGAUGUCACGCUUCUUGCUUAGCGAGUACCACUUCCUGAUUCGGCUCACACAGAGGCUCAAACCCAGGAUCUCUUGUUUUCUAGCACAUGUGACCACCCGCCCGAAGCGUCUUACCAGUCACGCCACACAAAAAGCUAGCUAUAUGGUGGCACAAAGUGGGGAGACUUCAGGGUGAGGAGUAAGUUUUACAUAUCCCCCAUGUGCUACAUUAGAAGCUGUCUUGAGACAGCAACCGUGGACACCCUCAUCUCAGUAGCUCUUUGUGUGUGCAGUUACAUCAUAACUUUCUAGAUCAUUUCCAUGUAAACCUUCUGAAGACACAGCCAAAGAAAACACCAAAUAUUUCAAAAAUCUUUUAGCACUUUGUCAUUGUCACUCCUCAGUUCUCUAGUUCCAUUCACAUUAAUGAAAGAUUUCCAUGGAAGUUGGCAUCACUCGACACUGCAGCCAUGGGAUAGUGAACCAAUCAAAAGUGGAUUGAAGAGUAGCCUUUUCCUCGUAACCCAAUCAGCAUUGUGUAUGCAUGAGCCACUACCACACCCUGCCCUUACAUGGCACGGAGGACUGGCCAAGGUCUACAGAUGGAUGUAAAGGCUGCUAGUUCAGAGACAACAGGGCCACAAUACUAAGACCACUACAACUACUACUACUACAACAGAACCACAACUACCAAGAGCAUUACUACAGAACCAGGAGGGGAACAGCUUCCGACUUGUCUCAGGACGACAGUGAAGUCGUAUGUGUAGCAGCAGCUAUGGACAAGGAGACAGUGGUCAUAAUCCUACAAGGCAUGGAGAAUGUCUCCUCCUUCGCCGCCACCAUCAACCCACUCUUCGACAUAGUCACUGCAGUGGUGAAGGUGACAAAGGACCUGGUCGCCAAAGACCUCACCCAAGACCUGGACACCCAACAAUUGGGCCACAUCCACGCCAAGCUGGAAAGCAUCUCCAAGACAAACCAGCAGAUUCUGAAGCAGAUUCACCUGACCGAGGUCAAUGAGAAGUACAGCAAGUAUGAGGAGUAUAUCAAGCACCAGUACACCGCUCUCAACACCAUGGUGAAACAGUUCAAUAACGACCCUGAGGGAAGAGAGCGCCACAUGAAAGAUUUCCAGGAAGUCUAUGAGAGAGACAAGGAUACCCUUGCUCUAGACACAUACUACAGCAGUGUCAUAAAAGAGAAUAAAACUUUUGAACAAAAGGGUUUGCUGGAGGUGUACCUAGAGCACUACAAGCAAAACCAAGACGUCAUGGAGAAAAAGUGUUCCCAACUGGCUAAUGUCUUUCACAUGGGCCUGAUGACACUAAUGGCAUAUACGGUGGUCACAGAGGAUGAUGAGGUUGAAGUCAGGGAGAAAUGGGCCCCCAGGGUGAAGAAGAUUCAGGCCAAGAUGGAUGAGGCGCUGGCCCAGUGUGAGGGGAACUGAUCCUCAUCAUGGUAGUUAUGGUCGGGUGGGCAUAUGAGGGCUUUAAAGGGAUACUUUGGGAUUUUGGCAAUGAGGCCCUUUAACUACUUCGCCAGAGUCAGAUGAACUCAUGGGUACCAUUUUUAUG